CCCCAACCGCUGCGUUCUCUGCUACCAACAAUGCUCUUCUCCUGCUUGAUCGGCAGUCGAGAAGAACAUCUCCCUUGCAGAUGAGAAAUUCGGAGUAAUCUUCAAAAUCAGCCUGUGCCUUGAGUCCAUCUUCGACUCUAAGGCCUCAGGACUGCCCGCGAGGGUCCAGCACGAUUCGUGCCCACAAUCGGCAUCAGAAAUUUACAGGGCUUCUUGAGGGCCCGUGUUCGCCCCGUCGUUCACGUUGGUCAUUCUUGGAGGACUCCCUAUGGAAGAGCCGUUGUGAAGAUUGUAUGGCGCGUCUCACUAGAUGAGAGCGGACUUACUUUAGUGCAAUCGCAGCGGAAGUCUGCCUGUUUCGAGUGAACAGGCCAGGUUUCAAUUCGAUUCCGAUUACUCUGGGGGGCGGCGCAUCACAUUUUCACUUUUCCCUGUAAGAGUACCCCUUGCCCACGAAGCAUGGGAUACUACUAAUGAUGACCGAGCAAACGGAGGAACGUGGAUUUAGUUAUCAUUCAUUGUUGUCACCAGCAAAAGGCUAGUGGCCGUUGACACCAUUUGCACCGACCUCUGGCCUGGCCGAGAAUUCUCGGAACGUGUCCAAAUCCACCUUGCUCAAAGCACUGUCUUCCGUGGCCUCCAAAUGCACCCUCGGGACGCCGUUCUUACUGAUCCUCCCGUCUUUAUACGCCUGAAAUGCCUCCAACCAUCUCGAUGUGCACAGGCACCAUUUGCAUCCUCCCGUCAAUCCUGCGCUCCGAAGAUCGUUACCCUGCGAUGCCGAGAAAUCCAAGAAUUCGUCGGUAACGACACCAGCCACUGCGUGGUUUCCGAAGUCCGCAGCUCCUGUUUUACAAUAGCCAUCUCUAUGAAAACCUGUGACAGGACGGUUGGAGAAGAAUGCAAGAGGUUGUUUAAACACUAGUGCCGUCAGUGUUUGGUUACACGGUAGGACAUUGAUAUUGUGUUUUGUGCAUACCAUUCAAAGGCCCCGACAUGGUGUCGGCCUGUGUUUUUGGAGGUGGCGGAGGGAUUUUGCCCGUGGCACGAAACAAUGGCGUUUGAAGUACUUUCGCCCGGAGGCCGUUCAACAGGCUGAACCUGCGUUUGAGGCGAGUUGUUGAUCUAGACAAUUGCAUCAAUCUUCAGAGCCUUGGAAACAAUACUCAAUACUCGUAGGUGAGUCGUGUUUAGAGACUUUGUCAUGGCCUGUCAAACACAUAUAAUUCGAGAACUUUGUAGUCUUCAGAAAUGACGUCACUAUUGAUCAGUCAUUUGUGUCUGGAUUGCAGCGAACAGCAAACAGCAAACAACAAAGAGAUUUCUCUGUCUGUGGCCUCAGAUGUUGAUGAUAGGUGUUCAGCUGUCGAUGACAGCGACACUAAAGGCAGCUCUUCCGCUGAGGACGGACUUUGUUGUCCUUGACUGCUUGUGUCGAACACGUACUUGUUGCAUGCAUGAGAAGGCCACUCUCCGGUACUGAUGCAGAGACCAAGGUCAUUAAGGUGAAUACAUCACUUUGUGAGGCAGGCCGCAACAGUCGUGACUUUCUUGCAACAAGACCUUAUGUGCCAUAUAUAUAUUCUGUGCCGACGAACACUUUGAAUAUGGGUCUCAGGGGCCGGGCCUGCUACGGUUGUGCCCUGCAUUUGAGCGCCCACAUUCUCUAGGCUUGUGCUGCCUGCAUAUAGGGUGGUCUCCAAGCUUGGGACUUGUGACGAUUAACAAUAUCAGUCAGGGGCUGUUGUAUGGUGGGUGGAUGGAUCAGCUUCCAGUCAACAACCCCAAUGCAGCCCUCUACGAGCUUACAGCUGGUGACGAAGACCUUGUGCAUUCUUCAGGCAAAAUGAACAGAAGUCGUCUUUUCACAUCACAGUUGGGUUUAUUCCCAGUUCACUGACUGCUUCAUCCAUUCCUCAACAACCUGUCAAUACUUCGUCACUCUGUCGUCACUUUCGCCGCCCUCAAGGCAGUGGACGUCAGUUCACAGCCCAGCGCGUUCACCGCCCAGGAGACGUAUAUAUAGUUGCUCAAUCUCAGGUUCUACCGUCCGACUUCCACGUAUUUUUUUCCAUAUUGCAUCAAUCAGAAACUGGGCGUUAUAUCUUCAAACUUGCAGUCACAUUAUCAGACACCUUGCUUGGUACGCUUUUCGCGACACAAGUCUGGGAUAUUUGCAAAGUCAUUCCCUCCGAAGCUCAAAUCAAGAUGUCGCGGUCCCAAGAACAAGGAAGCCCCUCAGAGGCCUUCUCAGCCAUUCCACCACCUCUGACGGAGGAGCCAAAUCUGUACGCUCAGCAGCAACAAGGCGAGGAAUCCGGUGAUAUUUCUGUACAAGAGGUCUCACUGCCCUGCCACGUUCCUGGCAUUGACGACUGCAUCAGCGAGGCAAUCAACCCUCUGGACGAUGGCCUUAUCCCGAUCUCACCAUCAUCCGACAGCGACACCGACGUCUGUGACCAAGAGAUGGACAUUGAUCACGACACCGUCAUGGGUGACGAGGAUGACGAUGCCGAUGAUCAUGACGAAGAAGUCGACUCUGAGAGCAGUGAUGUUGGUGAGGACAAUGGUGACAACAACGAUGCCAGUGAGACUAGUGGUAACGAUGACAACGACGAUGAUGAAAACCCCGAGCUCGAUUUUACCUUCUUGUACGACGGGACCGACUGGAGAACGCUUGACAGGGGGCAUCUAGCAUAUGCGGGUUUUGGGAUGCAUGAUGAGGAACGUUACGAAGCCCUUCCUGAAAGAUUCGCCUCUACCGUUCGUGGAUUCAAGACUGUACGGAUCGCAGUCCGCGACUUUAUCCACCAGUAUUCGACCGAACACGGUCGUGAGCCUUCCCCCGUUGAACAAGACGAUGUCAUCCUCCUGCACCUCAUCCUGUACAGCGGUCAACACGAGCCAAGAUGCUACGAAAUCUACCCAGAGCAGAUAACACCCUUCAUCUCGGUCGACGAUUAUUGGGAGAGGUUUCUCGAGUCCAGCGAGAUUCUGGUCAAGGUGAUUGACGAGAACGCGGAUGUCACGACCCAUCUCCAUCUCGACGAGAAGACACAUGCACGUUGGGUCAAACUGAGUGCAGGGACAUGGUUCCAGCUGCCAAGUUACAUUCAUGAGUACUGGGGAAUCUUGGAGAGCGUAGGGCAGAACAACUGCGAGUACCCUAGAAGGUGGUAAGAGAGCUGGAGCGAAGCGGAAUGUCCACCAACGACAGAUAGAGGGAUACUGAAUUAAUG